AAAAAAAAAUUCUCGGAAAAAUCGCUUUUUAUCAAUGACAGAUUAGUGAUAGCAUAUGCUAGAGAGAAUUUUAAAAUGUUGCCUCCCUGUGAAAUUACAUUUUGCCUAAGUAGUCAAGGUUACAUUUGUGCUUCCCUCUGUGAGGAAGGUCACCUCUGACGAGAGUAUCCCCCAAAUACCCCUCCUGGCUGGUAAGGUCCUCUCUGAGCUGUAUAUAAGAGCCCGCUGAAGCUGUCUUCCCCGCAAAAGAUAGAGGCUGACCUCUCCAUAGCCUUUACUCUCAUCAUGGUGAAGGAAGCAGACAUUCUCGAUUCUGUUUUCACUGGGCCAGUCAGAAUUUGUAAAGUUUUGAUUUUAUCGGCUGGUAGAUUGGAAGGGAAGGAACACGCCGGCAUCAAACUCCUAAACCGGUGUCAUUGUGAUGAUAGCAGGAAACGCAAACAUAGACUUCCUCAGGAAAGGCCUGUGGAAGAUGGGAACAGUUCAUCUGAUAUAGAGGAGCCUAUGAAGAAAGAACCAGAUCUUGACAACGAUGAAACGCAGAGCCUUCCCUCAUGUCAGUCUGAUGACCUCGUUGUGGACCUCUCUACGCUUGCUACUGCUCAAUCUGAUGACUCUGUUGAGGUCACUGCCGCAGCAGGUGCUGAACAAACUGCCGACCUUGAAGCGCACCCUGACAAGCAGUCGGAGAAGGAAGGGAAAACCCCCGACGUGAGAGUAAAUGCUGGAGAUGGAGUAAAGCCAGCAGAUGGAGUAAAGACAGCAGAUGGAGUAAAGACAGCAGAUGGAGUAAAGACAGCAGACGGGGUAAAGACAGCAGAUGGAGUAAAGACAGCAGAUGGAGUAAAGACAGCAGAUGGAGUAAAGGCAGAUGAUGAUGUACCUGAAAAGGAAAUCAUUUUCGAGCGGGAGGUUAUCAAUCUUACAGAAAGUGAACAGGAGGAGCGCAGUCAUUCAGUCUAACCACUAAAACUUGCACAGUUUCGCCCCUUUGUUCGCGCUAAAAAAACUUUGCACAGCUUUUGCCCUUUUUGUA